UCCGUUCCCUUUUUCCUAAUCAAAUUAGGAUAGUAAAACUAUGUUUACAGAUAUUUACUAAGUACAAAUAUAUACAUGAGUGUCAAAGUUUGCGGAUUUAUUGCUGAAUGGAUGUAACGUAUAUUACAAUAAUUUAAAAUAUACUCAUAGCAUGCAUUUUCUGCAUGUUUUUGUCAAAUGCAAGCAGUGUUUUUAUGUUAAUCUUCUUUGUUAAACAUAAGUUUUCAUUGUGCAUUGUGACAAGACUGAAAAUGCAGGACAUUAUUAAACAAUACAGGUUCAAUUUCCAUGUGAUGACUAAUAGACAAUGAUAUCAGACCCCAACCGUCGGACUCAAAGAUAAAGAGAUGGCUGGUUUAUAAAAGAGCCCUCUUACAGCAUAGUGAAUCUCAGCCUGCCUUCCCUCGGAAAUUUCGUCAGCGUCCCGCCAUGUUGUGUCAGGGUAUGAGUUACCUGCCGUUGUGUCUGGUACUUCUAACGGUUGCUACUUUCAUUACGACAUACAUCAUAGCCAUCUAUAACGGUGAUGUCUCGCCAAACUUUCCAUAUAUAAGCGAUACUGGGACUAAGCCGCCAGAGAGUUGUAUAUUCUCCCAGUUUCUGAAUAUUUGCGCAGCACUUUGUCUGUGUACGAUAUACGUGCGUUACAAGCUGGUGGAGGCUAUCAGCGGCCAUGAAGAUCAGAACAUACACCGCCUGAACCAGGUGGGCCUCGGGAUUGGCGUCCUAACAUCGCUCGGGCUCAGUCUGGUCGCCAACUUCCAGGAGACGGAAGUAGAACCGGUGCACGUGACGGGUGCGGCACUGGUGUUCGGGGUAGGGGUGGUGUAUGCGGCCCUCCAGACGGCCCUCUCAUACAAAAUGCACCCAGACUAUAGCGGCAUCUAUGUAGCCCGGGUGCGCCUCGCUCUAACCUUUGCCUCCUUCAUCGUUAUGGCAACCACAGUUACAAGCGCCGUGAUAUCACGACAGUCUCAUCCCAAGGAUAAACUCCACUGGAAACCGGAUGAACCCGGGUACGUUCCGCACAUAAUCAGCACGGCAGGCGAGUGGAUCACGGCGAUAGUGUUUCUGAUGUACUUCCUCACGUUUGUACGAGACUUCAUGAAACUGAGGAUUGAGGUCAAGCCGCGGUUGUUUGUACGGCAUCUGGACGAACCAGCGCUAUUCCCCGACGAGAACACAAGACUGCUAGCAUAGUAUUGACAACAGAGCAAAACACGCCACAAUUUGGUGCACAUCUAGUUUGGUGCACAUACUUUGGUGCGCAUCUUUUUAUGAUUCACUGCAAUGAUCAACUAAGAUUUGGUUUUUAAUAGUUUUGUUAUACACGUAACACAUGUUCAGCCCUGUAAUGUUUGUUUGUUACUUUUUUAUGAAUUGCCAUGAAACUUAAUUCACAUGUUUUUUACUUGGUUGAACGUGUUUCUUCAUUUACUAAAGAUGAUUUUCGAAGUAAAUAUAGCAAUAUUUAGUCUUUUAGUGUAAUAAUAUACAGCUAUAUGGUAUGUCGUUCUCAACUGAGUGGCGGGACAAGAUGACUGGAACCAUUUUCUCGAGAGUUCAUCAGCGUAACAAAUUAAGCCAAAUUUCUGACUAAAUCAUGAAUUUGCUUAAUAAAAAUUAGUUUAUCGUGAUGACAAUAGAGAUAAUUUUCUUAAAAAAGUCUUAAACUUCUAAAUAAUGUAAAUCUAACACCAAUCAUACUUAAACAAAAACAAUGAGCUUAGCUUAAUCCUGUUGCUGUUACAGGACUAAAGAUGUUUCGUGAAAGUGUGGCAUGUGAUGCAAUGAACCAUACUUGAUGAAUUACACUUAAUUGUUAUGACAUAUAACAUUCCUCAAUCUUAAUGUUAACAGUUCUUCCUUAUGCCACGUAUAAUGAUGAUAUUGUUUUUGUAUUAUUGUACUUUUUUUAAACUGGUAUACUAUUGUGUUUAUUGAUGGUAUGUGCAAAACUAGUCCCAAUUAUUAACGACUGUAUCGUACGAUCACUUCUUCGAAUCAGAUUCAUUGAGUCAGAAUCCCCGAGAAAAAACGGAACUAAUGUUAACAAUGUAGAGGUAAAACAAAGAUUUCUGUUUGAUUUUCCAGCGAAACUUUCAAAUAAGAUUGUUAUGAUACCGGAAUAUACAACGGUACCAGCUGGGAUGUUUUGGCCACCCUGUCAAAAUAAUUUUUGUCCACCUAGUUUUACAUGUAUUCGGAUGUUUUGUCCAUGGGAUGUUUUGUCUUGCUCCCUAAUAUCAAACCGAAAGUUUGGAUCCUACGAUAAUCUGUCCUGCCUUCGUUGUAAUAUUGCCACUGUGUUUGGAUAUGUAUUGUGAUCUUUGAAUUUACCCACGCCCCUAUUCAAAUAUUCAUUGUGUUAUGUGAAUUAACCACGCCCCUAUUUAGAUAAUAAUUGUGCUACAUGAAUUAACCACGCCCCUAUCCGAAUAUUCAUUGUGUUAUGUGAAAUAACCACGCCCCUAUUCAGAUAAGCAUUGUGCUAUGUGAAUUAACCGCGCCCCUAUUCAGAUAGUCAUUGGGUUAUGUGAAUUAACCACGCCCCUAUUCAGAUAUUCAUUGUGUUAUGUAAAUUUACCACGCCCCAAUUUCAGAUGAUCAUUACGUUAUGUGAAUUAACCAUGCCCAUAUUUAGAUAAUCAUUGUGUUAUGUGAAUUAACCACGUCCUUAUUUUGAUAGUCAUUGUGUUAUGUGAAUGAACAACGUCCCUAUUCAGACAGUUAUUGUGUUAUGCUGAAAAGUGCCACCAAAUGCAUUUUUUAAAUGUUAAAUUAUACCAUUAACAUGUUUUAUGUAUUAAUAUUAUUUUUAAUGAUUCUGUUUGAUAUAUCGAGGGCUUAGCACAAGAUUGUUGUAACGCAUUCCAUUUUGAUAAUCAGCUACAACUGUCAUGUAUAACGCCCUUGAUAUGUAUCUGUAACUUUGAAUGCGUAUUUCUGACAUUAUUUAUGUACUUUAAUACCCAGUUCUGACAUCAUUUGUGUUCUUUCAAUGCUUAUUUUUACAUCAUUUGUGAAGUGUCAAUGCGUAUUUCUGACUUAAGUUAUGUACUUUUAAUGCCCAUUUCUGACAUCAUUUUGCCUUUUUUUAACAUCAUUUGUGAAAUUUAAAUGCACAUUUCUGACAUCGUUUUUGCACUUGCAAUGCACAUCAUUGACAUUAUUUCUGAGUUAUGAACAGUGAAUUUAGCAUUUUUUUGUAUUCCUGACAUGGUCUUUUAUUGUGUUCAUUUCUAUAAUAAAACCACAGCAGGACACUCAGAUCUGAGAUCUGAUAGACAGCAGACGGCAAUAAAGAUUAAGAUCAGUACACAGAAGUUGUGUACUACAAUUAAUGACCACACCAAACACAACCACACACCGGGGACAUCUUAGGUAAGGCCUAUCCCCGCUAUUUUCCGCGCGAAAACAUAGCGGCCGCAUUCACCCGGCACUGUGAGGCCACCUGGAAGGUAAAAAACACGGGCCAUUUCCCCCGCUAUCCCCGGUAUAUUACUGGACCUUUGGGCGUGGUUACAAUUGACUGGCGCAUAAUAAGUAUUGUUCUUGUCUGUUAUCAAAAAUCAGAUCUCAGAUCAAUAGUUGUUGAUCAUUUAAUGCAUAACCGGUACAGUUCUGUAUCUUUGAACCCGGACAUAAAUGGCAUUCAACCAACAUACAAUUUACAUGGAAUUCGGCACCUUUGCUGUGACACCAGAGGAAUUAACAGAAUAUACAUAGCUGGGGAUUUACAAGUCAGACAAAAAUGAAAUAGAAUAGGCCAACAAAGUAUGUGUAACGCAUCUCAUUUGCCUUUCAUGAUAAACUGGUGCUGUAUAUGGUCAAACCAUUUCCAUCACAAAAUACUUUUGAGAUGAUGUAUCUGUACCUUUUGCUGUUUUUUUUUAUAUUACAGAUAUUGUGAUAAUUGUUUGUGUGGAUGUUUUUAUUGUAGAUUUGCUGCUCGGCCUUCUUAAUGUCUUAAUCAUUUAACAGUUCGGAUUUUUAAUAAAUGUGUAAAGGCUAAAAAGUCUGCAAACCGGCUGAUGUCUGGCCAUCGUAUGAUAUAACGUUUUUUUGUAUUAUGCUUUCUAAAGUAGACCUUUUGUUUCUACCUCAAUUUAUUGGCUGAUAAAUAAUUAAUUUUA